GCAGGCUGCGCCGGGGUUCUGUGUCUCCGCGGCCUGGCUGCGGCUGCUUUUCACGCUCCCCUCCGGGUCCCCCAGGCCGCGUCCCGCCGGGGGAGCCCCCCCCCCCCCCGUGAGAGGCCGAGACUCGGGGGGCCUGGCCGCUGCAGGCGCCGCGGGGGAAAAUGACAUCGCGGAGAUGGUUUCACCCGAAUAUUACUGGAGUGGAGGCAGAAAAUUUACUGCUGACAAGAGGCGUUGAUGGCAGCUUUCUGGCCCGGCCCAGUAAAAGUAACCCGGGAGAUUUUACACUUUCUGUUCGGCGAAAUGGAGCUGUCACGCACAUCAAGAUCCAGAACACAGGAGACUACUACGACUUGUAUGGAGGAGAAAAAUUUGCCACGUUGGCUGAGUUAGUCCAGUAUUACAUGGAACACCAUGGGCAGCUCAAAGAAAAGAAUGGAGACGUAAUAGAGUUAAAAUAUCCACUGAAUUGUGCUGAUCCUACAUCUGAAAGGUGGUUUCACGGGCACCUUUCUGGAAAAGAAGCUGAAAAGUUAUUAACAGAAAAAGGAAAACAUGGAAGCUUCCUUGUGCGAGAGAGUCAAAGCCACCCAGGAGACUUUGUUCUUUCAGUUCGGACAGGAGAUGAUAAAGGCGAGAGUAAUGAUGGGAAAUCGAAAGUGACCCAUGUCAUGAUUCGGUGCCAGAAUCAUAGAAUCGUAGGACUGGAAGGGACCUCGAGAGGUCUUCUAGUCCAGUCUCCUGCACUCAAGGAGCUGAAAUACGAUGUUGGCGGAGGGGAGAAAUUUGACUCUCUUACAGAUCUAGUGGAACAUUAUAAGAAGAACCCCAUGGUAGAAACUUUGGGCACAGUACUACAGCUUAAGCAGCCCCUGAAUACAACCCGUAUUAAUGCUGCAGAGAUUGAAAGCCGGGUGCGAGAACUAAGCAAGCUAGCAGAGACCACAGAUAAAGUCAAGCAAGGCUUCUGGGAAGAAUUUGAGACUUUACAACAGCAAGAAUGCAAACUUCUAUAUAGUCGUAAAGAGGGUCAACGGCAAGAAAGCAAAAACAAAAAUAGAUACAAAAACAUUUUACCUUUUGACCAUACCAGAGUUGUUCUACAUGACGGAGAUCCAAAUGAACCCGUUUCAGAUUAUAUCAAUGCUAAUAUUAUUAUGCCUGAAUUUGAAACUAAGUGCAACAAUUCAAAGCCAAAAAAAAGUUACAUUGCUACUCAAGGCUGCCUACAGAACACAGUGAAUGACUUCUGGAGAAUGGUAUUCCAGGAGAACUCUCGUGUUAUCGUUAUGACAACAAAAGAAGUCGAAAGAGGAAAGAGUAAGUGUGUCAAAUACUGGCCUGAUGAAUACGCAUUAAAGGAAUACGGGGUUAUGCGUGUUAGGAAUGUUAAGGAAAGUGCAGCUCAUGACUAUACGCUAAGAGAACUGAAACUUUCUAAAGUUGGUCAGGGGAACACUGAGAGAACAGUCUGGCAAUAUCACUUCAGAACCUGGCCUGAUCAUGGAGUACCCAGUGAUCCUGGCGGUGUCCUGGACUUCUUAGAGGAGGUCCACCACAAGCAGGAAAGCAUCGCUGAUUCAGGACCUGUUGUGGUGCAUUGCAGUGCUGGGAUUGGACGAACAGGAACUUUUAUUGUGAUUGAUAUUCUUAUUGACAUAAUCCGAGAAAAAGGCGUGGACUGUGAUAUUGAUGUUCCAAAGACCAUUCAGAUGGUGAGAUCGCAGCGGUCAGGGAUGGUUCAAACAGAAGCGCAGUACAGAUUUAUUUACAUGGCAGUACAGCACUACAUUGAAACGCUACAGCGUAGAAUUGAAGAGGAGCAGAAGAGUAAGAGGAAAGGGCAUGAAUACACAAACAUUAAAUAUUCUUUAUCGGACCAGACAAGUGGGGAUCAGAGCCCACUUCCACCAUGUACUCCGACCCCAACCUGUCCAGAAAUGAGAGAAGAUAGUGCUAGAGUAUAUGAAAAUGUGGGGUUGAUGCAGCAGCAGCAGAAAAGCUUUAGAUGAGAUGUACAGAAACUUCCAUGCAAAGGAAGAAAUGAAUAUUUUUUUUUAAAAAAGGUCAAGAAAGAGAUGGAACAAGCUUCACGUGAAGAAUGAAUUUUGAAGGCUUGGUACCUUUUUAUUUAUGGUGUUUAACCCUUCAAUAAUAAGCAAAACCUAAGACCAUCUAAAGAUCAUUAUAUCCUUUCUCUCCAAUAUCUGAUUUACAAUUGCUCAUUUUUCAAAUAAAAAGGAAAUCCUCUCUACAAUGUAGAAAGAUAUUUUGUAGAAUCUUAAUUGUGAAUCCAGCCAACUGUUAGCCUGGCGUUCAUCUGCUUCAAAUAGCAUUUUUGUUUCAAAAUCUGGUUAUUAGCAUUAUUUCUUAUCAGAGCAGUUGUGGGGAUUUUUUUUUUUGAAUGGGGAAGCAAUGAUGUGGGUAAGUCCAUUUAUAUAAAUAUAAAAUACUAAUGGGAACAAUUCUUGAUUGUUUGAAGACAGUGGAUCACCCACAUUAAAAGUCAGCUACAUCAUAACAUUCGUCCUAAUGCAUUUCAAACUUGGUCUGAGUUUGACGGGGUGAGCAGUUCAUCUUUGAUAUGAAGAUGUUUUUUGUGACCGCUGAUGGCUUUGAUUACUUCUCAGCUGAGUUGCUGGAUGGGCUGUUUUUGAGUAACUACAAAAAGUAGCCUUUGCCUCAGACUAGAACAUUCUGUAGAUGACCUGUACCCAAGAUACCAAUUUACAGCCACUCUGGCAAAAAAAAAAAAAAAAAAAAAAAAAAGCAGCCUUGGGGCCGCUGCCUAUGUUAAUUUUUCAGUGUUCAUUUAUUAAGCAGGAGAUCUGACCUGUGGAGCUGAGACAUUUUAGGAAGCUCCACAGUGACACUUGACAUCGUAUUAAAACAAUGAAACCAGUAACCCCCUGUGCAGGCUGUUAUCUUAGGCUGAAGUGAACCCUGUCUUAAAAAUAGAGUUAUUUGGGCCUUCUGGUUCUCAGUAAGGCCUCUCACUAACGAAGGUAGCCUGGGGAAAAGGACUAUAUGGAAAUUAGCUAUCACCUAAAAUUGCCUUAGUGAAAAGGGCAGCGCAGGUACCAGUCAACAGCAGCUUGUUCUGGUCUAUUUCAUCAGGCGGGAGUUUCAUUAACAUUCUGCCUAAAGUGCCUUUCAGAGCCACAUCCAAUUUGCUGUCCGUGUUUUAAUUAAAAAAAAAAAAAAUACUGCAUCUAUCUCUAAAAACACUUUUGAUUGUUAUUAAUGAAACAAAAUCCUCCCAGAGUGACGCCAGCAGUGAGAGAUGCUGUUAUAGUGCCACAGUUACCUGGGUUUCUUCAUCUGCAGAAGAAGGGAUGUAAACACUUCUCGGUUUCCUGCAUUAAAGAAACUUUGCCCUGUCCUGUUGUCUGAAUCUGGAUCUCCCAUUGGAACCUAUAGUAGCUGAGUGUGUGCUCAUGGCAGGAUCGGGCUCGAGGAGUAGGUACCAGUGGUGUCUUAGCAGCAUCUUUCCCCUCACUGCUGGUGGAGUUCUGAGAAUUAUGGUGAAGCCACCAGGUGGUAUUGAGGAAUUAUCAUCAUUUUUAUUUAGAGUAUGCAGUUAAUGGUAAUCGCUGCAUUGUAUUUCUGUAUGUGCAGUAAGGGUGCAGGAGUGAUGAAGUUACAUUAUUGGUCAUAGUAGUGAAAUUACACAAAAGCCUGGAAUGUAAUUAGUGCAGCAUUUGUGUUCCCUACAUUCAUGUGGGGAUUGCAUUGGCUUUCCCUGAGAAUGCUUUGCAAAGUCAAGUGCUUCACAUUUUGUGUUUGUCUGAACUGAAUGAAGGCGCAUCUUCACUUUAAGCUGAACUUUGUUACUUUGCCUCUUGUUCUUUGUUAUAAUACCUCUUGUCUUCUGGUCCUGGAACUCCUGUCACCAGCACACCAUAAUAUUUGUGUCUUAAUGUCAUUAUCUAUAGCACAGUCGUUAAUAUUUGCACCCUCUGUAGAUCUAAAAUUCUUAUGGCUUGAUGAAAGGAUGGUCAGUUUUCAUCUACUUGUGUUCGUUCGGUCACAAAUAGAAUAUUUGCUUUAUAUCACCUUCCUUCCCCAGCCUCCGUGUACAGUUUCAUCAUGUUGACUUUUUCUGCAAAGGUUAAAUAGGGAUCAUUUAAGUGCCGAGUUGUGUUUUUGAAUUGAGUAAUUCAAUAACAGUCUAAAUAUCUGUUAAUUGGAAAUUUUGUGUAGCAUUAUGUGGUGCUAUAUUUCCUUGGAUGCUGCAAGGUUUUAAAUCAGGAGAAAAUGAAGUGCAUGUUCAGGAUUAGAAAUACUUUGUACCAAAAUCAUAGGGGUAGCCGUGUUAGUCUGGAUCUGUAAAAAGCGAGAAAAAGUCCUGUGGCACCUUAUAGACUAACAGACGUAUUGGAGCAUAAACUUUUGUGGGUGAAUACCCACUUCGUCAGACGCAUGUGGUGGAAAUUUCUGAUGAAGUGGGUAUUCACCCACGAAAGCUUAUGCU